UGGAUUGCGAUGACUAACUCUAUGGCUACAGAGAUUUUACCAAAUGAAGAAUUAAACAAGAUAAUAGCAAUUAUUAAACAGUUAUUCUUAUACAAGUUUGAAAGAUUUGUUGGUACCAAGUACAGAUUGCAAGUUGGUGAACCUAUAUAA